CCCGCCCCCGGCCCCUGGCUCCUUUUCUCCCGCCGGCUCUGGCCCGCGCUCUGCUGAUCGGUCGGUGGAAGCCCGCGAGCGUUCGAGCCUAGGGAACUCCGCGCCGUCAGAUCACCAGGUUCGCCUCUGUGUCCCGGCGCCGCCGCGCCCUCUCUUCCGAGAUGGUAUAAAUUCUUGGGAAUUAUUCUCGGGGAAGACUGACUCUUCCUGAAGGUGAUACAUAGAAUCCAUAUCAACAGGGUGGCUGUGUACGUUCCUCCAGGCCGUGUGACGACCAACACACCGUGAAGCUGUCCUCCUGACCGAGGACUGGGGGAAAAUGCUGAAACUAGUGGCCACAGAUGUCUUCAAUUCCAAAAACCUGGCCGUGCAGGCACAAAAGAAGAUCUUGGGGAAAAUGGUGUCCAAAUCCAUCGCCACCACCCUCAUCGAUGACACGAGCAGCGAGGUGUUGGAUGAGCUCUACCGGGUGACCAAGGAAUACACCCAGAACAAGAAGGAGGCAGAGAAGAUCAUCAAGAACCUCAUCAAGACCGUCAUCAAGCUGGCCAUUCUUUACAGGAAUAACCAGUUCAACCAAGACGAGCUGGCGCUGAUGGAGAAAUUCAAGAAGAAAGUCCACCAGCUGGCCAUGACCGUGGUCAGCUUCCAUCAGGUGGAGUACACCUUUGACCGGAACGUGCUGUCCCGCCUGCUGAACGAGUGCAGAGAGAUGCUCCACCAGAUCAUCCAGCGCCACCUCACGGCCAAGUCGCAUGGACGGGUUAAUAACGUCUUUGACCAUUUUUCCGAUUGUGAUUUUUUAGCUGCCUUAUAUAACCCCUUUGGGAAUUUUAAGCCCCACUUACAAAAACUCUGCGAUGGUGUCAACAAAAUGCUGGACGAGGAGAACAUCUGACCAUGUGAAUUAAGACUGCAACCGCUCGUGAUUUCUUUGAAAAUGGAGCACUGCUGAUUUAUGAAGGAAAAACAAAUUUUUUUUUUUAAGAUGACCCAUGUUUCAGAAAGACUUUUGCUCGCCUCAGGCGUCAGACGUUGUCAGUAACGUUUUGUGCAGCUUGUUUUAUUUGAAGAAAAGCAGAUUGCCAAAAAUUCUGGUGAAAAGCUCCCUCCCUCACAGUUAGCAGAUCGUAGGAAAGGUGUCUGGUUGUGUGAUGCAAAUAAUAGAGUUAUGCAAAGAAAAAUAUGGAUGUCUCCAAACCUCAAGACAUGUUUUUUUAGAUCAGUUGUUGUGUUGGUAGCACAUUGGGUAUUUCUCACGUGUACAGAGUUGUGUACUUUGAUUCACUAUUAUUCCUUACUGUGUAUAUGUACCUCUGUUAAAAAGCUGAGAACUCUCUCUUGCUCUCAUUGCUCCCUUUGAGAUGAUUUCAUUUUCAAGUCUACCUUUUGUUCUGUGUUCCUUUGUUAAAGUUUUUGUCACUGACAUUUAAGAAUUAAGUCUUCAUCGAGAAUUAAGACGUUCAAGAAUUGAGGCGGUCAGAUUGAACCCUCAGAAAAACAGAAAACUGCUUCUUUGAAGUCAGUAUUGUAGGAACCAACUAUAUUUGAUAUGGUGAACAAUGUCUGAUAGACGGACAUGCUUCGGGCCUGGAGUCCUGUUUUUUAGUACCAACGGUGAUACUUCGCAAAAGCGGUAAUUGUUGAAAAUGUGCUAGUGGAAUCUCCGGUUUUAGUAUCUGUUUCAGAUGUAAGAGAGACAAAGAAAAAUCUAGAUGGUUCUUGUUAAAGGUCAGCAAUACUGAGAAAAGAACAACCAUCUUUAUUUUAGAGAUGAGCCCAUCAAAAUAAUUUAGGGGGAUAAAGGACCAAAAAGGAAGAAAGCAUAUUGCUGUGGGCCGUGAGAAUGAAAAUAAAUGCAUUUCAACGUUGAAUAAGGUUUGAUAGGUAAAUAAAGAAUGUCACUUUUUUAUUUAACUGA